AUGCACACACUCGUGGCGUGUCACACACGUGGUAGUCACACGCAGUCGUGCAAAAACACACACACAGAGGACCCCGCACCCAUUUGGCCCCGUGCCGCUCGCGGGGUGGCCCUGGAGCACCCGGUGCCCGUCCCCGUCCCCCUGACGCCCGCGUCCCCCCAGCACUACCUGACGGAGAUCGAGGUCCUGGCCAUCAUCUUCGCUGCCGCCAUCCACGACUACGAGCACACGGGCACCACCAACAGCUUCCACAUCCAGACCAAGUCGGACUGUGCCAUCCUCUACAACGACCGCUCGGUGCUGGAGAACCACCACAUCAGCGCCGUCUUCCGCAUGAUGCAGGACGACGAGAUGAACAUCUUCGUCAACCUCACCAAGGACGAGUUUGCGGAGCUGCGGGCUCUGGUGAUCGAGAUGGUCCUGGCCACCGACAUGUCCUGCCACUUCCAGCAGGUGAAGUCCAUGAAGACGUCCCUGCAGCAGCUGGAGCGGAUCGAUAAGUCCAAGGUGCUGUCGCUGCUGCUGCACGCGGCCGACAUCAGCCACCCCACCAAGCAGUGGUCGGUGCAAAGCCGCUGGACCAAAGCCCUGAUGGAGGAGUUCUUUUGCCAGGGGGACAAGGAGGCUGAGCUGGGGUUGCCCUUCUCGCCCCUCUGCGACCGCACCUCCACGCUGGUGGCCCAGUCCCAGAUCG